AUGACUCAGCAACGCACCAGCAACGUUCCAGGCGGAGAUGAACCAUAUCCGUCCCUGCUGGACGAGUGCGUAGUGGUGUACCUGAACGAUAUCCUCAUCUACUCUAAGAACAUGAAGGAGCACGUGGAGAAUCUACAGAAGGUGUUCGAGAUCCUGCGGAAAAACAAAUUCUACGUGAAGCUGUCAAAGAGUGACUUCGCCUCAAAGAAUGUGCAGUUUCUCGGGCACAUGGUGAGUGCGGAGGGCGUACACGUGGACGCGCGGAAAAUCGAAGCCGUCAAGAAGUGGAAAGUACCGGAGAACGUGAAGGAGUUGCAGCUGUUCCUAGGCUUCGCCAACUACCGCAACAGGUUCGUGCCUCAUUACGCUAAGAUAGCAGCACCACUGACCGACCUACACAAGGACUACGUGGUGGAAGCAGACGCUAGUGACCAGGCAGUCGGAGCAGUACUGAUGCAGGAUCACGGACGCGGUUUACAGCCUAUCGCCUACCUUAGUAAGAAGCUACAUGGAGCAGAACUGAACUACCCCAUUCACGACAAGGAAGCCUUAGCCAUUAUCGUAGCCUUCAAGGCGUGGAGGUGUUACCUAGAGGGAGCCAAGACCACAGUUUACACUGACCACUGCAGUCUCAAAUACCUGAAGUCGCAGCCGACGCUCUCACGACGACAGGUGCGGUGGGUGGACUUCUUGGAGACCCACUUCCACUACGACAUCGUUUACAAACCCGGGCUGCACAACAAAGCUGACGCGUUGUUCCGCGCCGGCCAUGUAGCAGGCAUCUAG